AUGAUGACCUCCACUCUCAGCCGCAAGCUCACCACGCUCGCCGCUGGCACUGCCCGCCCGGCCUCCAUCUCGCGCCCCUCUCCCGCUCACACCGCCACCUUCUCCUCGUCCGCCCGCGCCGCCUUCGGACCCGACUUCGACCCGUUCGAGUCCUCUACACCUACACCUUCUGCUCCCCGCGCCGCACAAGCAUCCGCCGCGACCAGCGGAGGAGGAGGGGGAGGAGGCGGAUCGUUCGCCGCUCGACCCUCCGCAUCGUCCUCCUCUCCCGCCUCAUCAGGCGCCGCCGCUUCCAGCUCCGCCUCGAGUGCCUCCCCUUUCCGUCCCCAGCUCCCCGUGUACGGCAAGCCCGUCUUCGCGCCGAGCUAUGCGCUUUCAGGCGAACCUAAUCCGGCGCCCCUGUGGAACGGAGGAAGGCAGGAUGGAGUGGAUUGGACGACGACGUGGAAGGGAUUGGGAGAGAUCGUCACGACUGAGGAGCAGGCGGCGAAGCUGAUGCGCCCACUGAAGCCGGAGGAAAUCCAGAUCAAGCCUGAUGGCAUCCUCUACCUUCCCGAGAUCUUGUACCGUCGCAUCCUCAACUCGGCAUUCGGUCCCGGCGGAUGGGGAAUGGUCCCUCGAGGCCCAGAGGCGCUCGCCAACAACCUCUUUACGCGCGAGUGGGGACUCGUAGUCGGCGGCAAGCUCCUCUCGAUCGCGCGCGGCGAGCAGCAGACGUUUGCUGGGUCCAGCAUGGCAACUGCUGCCGAGGCGUGCAAGAGUAACGCCUUGAUGCGCUGCUGCAAGGAUUUGGGUAUCGCCGGAGAGCUUUGGGACCCGCAGUUCAUCCGCAAGUUCAAGGCGGACCAUUGCGUCGAGGCGUGGGUCACGCACGCGACUACCAACAAAAAGGCCCGCCGCUGGCGCAAGAAGGAUGCCAAGUUCGAGUACCCGUACAACGGUUGA